AAUACGAGUACCGUCGCAGUCUGCGAUGUUAUGUCAUCUUUCGGCUCGUGAGGUUGGCAGAGCGAAUGAAAUUGCAAGUAUAACAAAUUUAACAUAGAUAAAUUCCUGAAAAUUCAAGCAUUUUAUUCGUUACUUAUACUUUAGAGCUUGUUAUAUAUCAAAAAGUUUAAUUGGAACCCAGAAGGUACACAAAACUGUGGUGUCUAACUUUGUGUACUUGAGCAGUCGGCGAAUGAUAUUUGAGGAAUUUGUGGUGGACAUUCACAGUCUUCUAGCAGAACGUUCAACUGUCUUCUCAACAUCAUGUCAGCAACUCAAGUAAUUACUAAGAAACCAAGAACAGAGCAGAACAUAAAGCUGAACAAGGUUCAAGAUGAUAGGUUACCAGUUACAUUAUUGUCUGGUUUCUUAGGUAGUGGAAAGACUACACUCCUCGAACGUAUUCUCAAAUCUAAAGACCAUGGAUUGCGUUGUGCAAUUAUAGUCAAUGAUAUGUCUAGCUUGAACAUUGAUGCCGCUACGGUUGAGAACCACAAGCUUACAAAGGCUGGUGAGAAAAUGGUUCAAAUGCAGAACGGAUGUAUAUGCUGCACAUUACGUGAAGACCUUUUGGAACAAAUUGCUUUGCUUACUGAAGAGAAAGUAUUCGACUACCUAUUGAUUGAGUCAACAGGUAUAUCUGAACCAAUGCAAGUUGCAGAAACAUUCAGUUUCGAAUUCUUAGAGGAAGCAGUAAAAAUUGAAGAAUCAUUAGCUGAAAAUUCAACCAAAGACAAAGCAACACAAUCAAAAAUGGCCAAUAUCCUUGCAAAAGGUGGAUUGCCAAAAGUUGCACGUUUAGACACAACUGUAACUGUAGUUGAUGCACUAAACGUACUGAAUGACUUCAACACCACGGACUUUAUAACGGAUAGACCACAAGAAGUUGGCCAAGGAGAGUUAGACGAAAGUGAUGAGCGCAAUGUCACUGAUUUAUUAGUUGACCAAAUUGAGUUUGCGGACGUCAUUCUCGUUAACAAAUGCGAUUUAGCAACAAAAGAAGUAGUCACAAAGGUCACAACUCUCAUCAAAACUUUAAAUCCAAGAGCUGAUGUUAUACCGACUACCAAGUGUGACACUGAUUUAAGUAAAAUUUUGAACACUCACAAAUUUGAUUUCGAAGCUGCCGUUACUGGAGCAGGAUGGCUUCAAUCACUAAGAGAAAUGCUUCCUAUUGAAGUUAAAAGUGCCGAUGGUACUGUUCAAAGACAUGCUCCUAAACCGGAAACAGAAGAAUACGGAAUUAGCAACUUUGUUUAUAAAAGACGUAGACCAUUCCAUCCGCUCAGAUUAUGGUUGCUCAUAAGCAAGUAUUGGGUUAUAAUUCAAGAUUCACUUGAAGAAGGAGAAGAAGGAGAAGACGAUGAUGAAGAAGAGGGCAUGGAAGAUGACAAAAACGAGGACGCCAAUGAAGAAGAAGAAGUUAAUACAACAGAACAACCACAGUUAGACCCAGCUGCCAGAUUGAGAGAUAAAAAGGCAAGUAUCUUUGCACCUUUAUUCCGUGCAAAGGGUUUCAUUUGGCUCCCUGGAAGAGAACAAAUGGGUGAAAUAAGUCAAGCUGGUGUAAUGAUGACAGUUGGUGGUGGUAAUCCUUGGUUUGUUAGUACUCCUGAAUCAGAAUGGGAUGUAGACGGUUUAGCCGUGAAAGCGAUCAAAGCAGACUUUGUUGGUAAAUAUGGUGAUAGAAGGCAAGAAAUUGUUUUCAUUGGUGGUGGUGAAAAACGAAUGAAUCAAGAAGCUAUUGAAGCUGAAUUUGACAAGUGCUUGUUGACAGACGAAGAAAUGAAAGACUACGAUGAAGCUAUGCAAAUACCAUACGAAGAUGAUAAAUACGAAAGAUUGCAAGAGCUCUUUGAAGAUGGUUUCGAAGAAUGGGGCUUCCCAGGUGAGGAGGAAGAAGACGAAGAAGAGGGCCAUUCACAUGGUCAUACGCAUAAUCAUAAACACUAAAAAGUAAAUUCCAAUUUUUUUUUAAUUUAUGUCUAUUUUUUAUUUUCGC